AAACUCGCGUGCACUUGCUUCACAUAGACGCAUAUAUUAAGCCUCCGCUCGCCGGUGUAUUUAUAUUCCUGGCGCAUCCUUUGUGUGUUUGCGGCUCCUGUGCGGCUCUUGUUAAUAAACAGAAUAAAAAAAACGUGGCACGGAUCUUUUUCCGUGAUUUUCAUGUGAUCAUUUAAACACAAGGCUGUACCGCAUAUGUGCGCGAGCGCGGUGCGGGGAUGGUGAGAGGGGACCUGCUUAUCUUCAUCAUCGCCGCCGCUGCUGUGGAUUUGCCGGGGAUUUAUCUCGCUCUGGACGCAGGGACAGGAGCCAAGCAAUAAGCCUGAGGUGGGAAGGAGAAGGAGAGAAGGGAAAAAAAAAAAAAAAAAAAAAAAAGCUUCUGCAGCAGGAUGAGGCAGUGAUCCCACUCGUCUGCUCGUGAUGGUGAGGAUAUUUGGGGGCCCGGUCUGUGAGGGCCAGACCAACUGCUACAACAUCUCCUCCAAAGAUUAUUGCUACUCGGCCCGGAUCCGCAGCACCGUGCUACAGGGCCUGCCGUUCGGAGGAGUGCCUACCGUACUCGCUCUCGACUUCAUGUGUUUCCUGGUCCUCCUCUUCGUCUUCUCUAUUUUGAGGAAGCUGGCAUGGGAUUACGGCAGGCUGGCUCUGGUGACCGAUGCUGACAGACAGAAGAAGCGGUUCAACGGAAUGGAAGAGCGGGAAUAUGUGGCUUCAGCGCUGCAUUCAGAAACCCCGGAUCGUUACGAACGCCUCACUUCCGUCUCCAGCUCUGUGGAUUUUGAACAGCGAGACAAUGGUUUCUGCUCUUGGUUGACUGCCAUCUUUCGAAUAAAGGAUGAGGAGAUCCGUGAGAAGUGUGGUGAGGAUGCCGUGCACUACCUCUCCUUCCAGCGGCACAUCAUCGGCCUGCUGGUGGUGGUGGGCGUGCUGUCAGUGGGCAUCGUCCUGCCUGUUAACUUCUCCGGAGACCUGCUGGAAAACAACGCCUACAGCUUUGGCCGUACCACCAUCGCAAACCUGAAUUCGAGGAACAACCUGCUUUGGCUGCACACGUCUUUCGCCUUCCUGUAUCUGCUCCUCACCGUCUACAGCAUGAGACGCCACACCUCGAAGAUGCACUACAAGGAGGAUGACCUGGUGAAACGCACUUUAUUUAUCAACGGCAUCUCGAAGUAUGCAGAGGAGAUCCAGAUCAAACAGCACUUUGAGCAAGCCUACGAGAACUGUGUGGUGCUGGAAGCACGCAUCUGCUACAACGUGGCCAAACUCAUGGCCCUCAACGCCGAGAGGAAGAAGACUGAGCGUAGUAAGAAGUUCUUUACAGAUCUGCAGGCAAAAGAGCACAUGCCCACUAUGAUCAACCCUAAACCCUGUGGCCACUUGUGCUGUUGUAUCAUUAAAGGAUGUGAAGAGGAGGAAGCCGUGAGCUACUACACAAAGCUGGAAGCCAAACUUAAAGAGGAGUACAGAAAGGAGAAAGAGAAGGUCAACACCAAACCACUGGGCAUGGCUUUUGUCACCUUCCAAAAUGAGGCCAUGACUGCGAUAAUCCUGAAAGACUUUAACGCAUGUCAGUGUCAGGGCUGUAUGUGUCAUCAGGAGCCACGGUCCUCUCAGUUCAGCGAGAGUCUUCACAUCUAUAAUUGGAGCGUGACCUACGCUCCCGACCCCCAGAAUGUGCGCUGGGAGCAUUUGUCUCUGGGAGGCGUUUCGUGGUGGAUCCGAUGCUUAAUCAUUAACUGCAUCCUCUUCCUACUGCUCUUCUUCCUCACAACCCCAGCCAUCAUCAUUUCCACCAUGGAUAAGUUUAAUGUUACCAAACCAGUGGAGUAUCUCAAUAAUCCCAUCAUCACCCAGUUUUUCCCCACUCUACUUCUGUGGGCUUUCUCUGCUCUCCUGCCCACGAUCGUCUACUACUCGGGUUUCUUCGAGGCCCACUGGACUCGGUCGGGUGAAAACCGGACCACCAUGCACAAAUGCUACACGUUUCUCAUCUUCAUGGUCCUUCUGCUGCCAUCUUUGGGCCUCAGCAGUCUGGAUGUGUUUUUCCGCUGGCUUUUUGACACGCAGUUCCUAGCUGUUGCUGCUGUCCGGUUCGAGUGCGUCUUCCUACCUGAUAACGGAGCUUUUUUCGUGAACUAUGUAAUAGCGUCUGCGUUCAUCGGGAACGCGAUGGAUCUCCUUCGCAUUCCGGGUCUUCUGAUGUACAUGAUCCGUUUGUGCCUGGCUCGAUCUGCUGCUGAGAGACGAAACGUCAAACGGCACCAGGCCUAUGAGUUUCAGUUCGGCGCAGCAUACGCAUGGAUGAUGUGCGUCUUUACCGUCGUCAUGACGUACAGCAUCACUUGCCCAAUCAUCGUGCCCUUCGGCCUGAUGUACAUGUUGUUAAAGCAUUUAGUGGAUCGUUACAAUAUGUAUUACGCUUACCUGCCCUCUAAACUCGACAAGAAGAUCCACUCCGGAGCCGUCAAUCAGGUGGUGGCCGCGCCCAUCCUCUGCCUCUUCUGGCUGCUGUUCUUCUCUACUGUACGCACAGGUUUCGUGACUCCAACAUCCAUGUUCACCUUCGUGGUGCUCAUCAUCACCAUCGUGGUUUGUCUCUCACACGUCUGCUUCGGCCACUUCAAGUAUCUCAGCGCUCACAACUACAAGAUUGACACUAAGGAGAGCGAGGUGGACGGUAUGGAGAACGGACGUCCAGCACGCUCCUCACCCACCAACAAAUCUCCGCAGCAGAUGUACAUCGCACAGGUCCUGCAGGAUCCAAACUCCGAUGAGCCGGGAGGAGGCAGCGGAGAAGAAGACGGCCAGGGAUCCUCGCAGGACGAGGAGAUGAUCAACGGAGGCAACAGCCUGAACGAGGCCGACUUCCAAUCUGGGGAAGACAGCCUCAUCGCCAACGAGGUUCGCCACUAAUACCAGCACCCAUGGAGAGCGAGAGAGAGGGGGAGAUAGAGGCGUGAAAGAUGGCGUGUGCUGGGGACUGAAGGUGGACCAGAGAUCCAUGCUUACGCUUUCCACAUGUUUGUGCAAACUGUGUGUCAUCUCCUUCAUGCGCAGAGCUAAGUGUGUAGGUUCCUGAGGAGUUUGUCACUUCGAUGUUCACAGCUCCUCCUGCCAAAUACAUCAAGCACAAACUGCAAACGCUGAGCAUAUAUUCACUCACACCACAUACAUGUCUGUUUCGGACUACACGCAAGUAGACACUCGCAAUUUGUGUUGCACCAAAACCGGUCGUACAAAAAUCAGUAAAUUGUGUGUGAUCUAAAAAUGUGUUUCCUCCAUCAAAGGAAAGGUUUUUUUCUUUGCUCUUUAUUUAUUCAAUUCAAAUUCUCCCUGAGGAGAAAAAAAAAAGCCAAAUGGAAAUCCAGCCAAAAUAUAAAUAGCCACAGAUCUACUACAGCAAUUCGGAAGUGAUCGACAUUCACAAAGGAUUUCCAAACGCAACCGCAAGUCUUGGAAACGGUCGGAAAAUUCCACUUCUGUAGGAGAGGAAAAAAAAAAAAAAAAAAGUCUGUGGGAUUUUUACAACGGUAACUCGACACUCUCUAGGAUUUGAUCUCGCCGUCACGAACAUUAAAAUCACUGCUAGUUUAUAGAAUUAGUUGUGUAUUCAGAAGUUAGGAUUGCUUCCUCCGUCUGUCUUUUUUUUUUUUUUUUUUUUUUUUGGUCUAAGAAAACUGGUUUAAUAUCAUUCCAAGCACACGUGCAGUAGACAAGAGUCCCGGUUUCGUUCUCCUCAACUGAAAACAGUCGAUAAGAUCUAAGAAUAAGAAAUUCUAUUAGCAUUUAAGGUUCUAUCUUGUGGGGAAGAUACCAUCAAGGCUCUUACCAGGGCUGUAACAUUUUGAGCUCAUAAUGCUCUUAUCUAAUGGCGUCUGAUAUAAUGGUGACAAACUAAUAAUAUUAAGAAGUAAAGAAAAAAAAAAACACACUUUUGUAGGAAAUGAUUCAAAAACAGGUUGUUUCCAGUUAAAAUCCUCGGAAUUUAUUAUUAUCAUCAAUUAUUAGAAUUAAAAUCCUCGGAAUUAAUAUUAUUAUCGAUUCCCGUCACACAACAGCUAUUCGCUUCUUCUGGGAGAGCUUGCUAGUGGGCUAAUCUGAUGACGUCAUGCUAACUGGGAUGCUAGGCGUUCUUCAGCCCCGGUUACGCUAACGAGUUCUUACCUGCCGUUAAGCUACGUGAUUAACCUUUUAACGUUUCCGAAUCUUUUACUAAACCACGUUUUCACCCAAAUAUACAGAGUCUACCGAAGUGAUCUCUUCUGUUAAUAGACGGAUAGAAGAUGGAUAACGAUCGUCCGCGGCCGUCCGUCGGGCUGCUUUCAUCCCGGAUGAUGAAUCGCUUAGAAAAAGCUUAGAACGUUUUUCUGGAAGUUUGGAGUCAGAUCUUUUUAAUUUUCCUUCUUUUUUUUUUAAUAUCACAUGGAAAACUUUAUUUAAAAAAUGUAAUUCCAGUAAUUCACCCAAAUCCCAGAUAGAACUUUAUAAUGCUGAGCUCACAAUGUGAUUUUUUUUUUUGUUUGGUUGUUGUUUUUUAUCUUUCACAAGAUUAGCAUGUUUGUGAUCUCACAUUUUGGAAUUGGAGCCAAAAUAUGUGAGCGUUCCUACAGUAGGGGCCACUAGGGGCUAGAAUAACAUCUAGAGGUGUUUUUUUUUUUAUUUUUUUAUUUUUUUUUAUUUUCACCUUAACUACCUUAAUACAUGUGUUUGAAUAGUCUUUAAAAAGAAAAAAAAAACAAAAAAAAAACACACUCGAUCACGUUGAGCUGUUCGGAUUUUGGUACAGAGUCGAAGACCUGAAGUUCCAGAAUGAACCAGAAGAUUUCACAAGCUGUUUAUUUAUUCAUUGUUCAACUUUUACUUCAGAGUCGUGUCUUAAUAUUAGCUCAUGUAUCAAAUCUGAAAUGGUUGUGAGGUGCGACGUUUGUGAAGAAUCCCAGUGUCUUUCUUUCAGAAAUGCAAAGAAACUGGAUUUCACAGAAAUAACCCACUUGUUUACAUCAUCUCCUAAUUCCUUCUUAAAUUUUCUGAAUUUAUUUUACAUGAAAUUCAGACGGUGGAUCGUUGCCCAUCUUUUGACUCCUGUGCGCUCGUAUGAUGAUGGUAUCAUUUAAAAGAAACUGAAGAAAUCCGAUGACGUUUUUUUCUCAAAUGCGGGUUUUGCAUGAAAAAUUUCUUUAGAAGAAAAAAAAAACGAAUAAAACGCGUCUUUCGCACCAGAAGAUACACACCAAGGUUUUGAGAUCUAACAGUUGUCUAUAAGUAAUAAGUCAAAGAUGGAGUUGUUAAGUGCAUUUAUGGGGGUUUGAAUUCCUAAAUAUUUUUGAAAUUUCUGAACCAAAAUAAAAGCUGUCCCAAAAAAAAAAAAAAAUGUAAUUGUAGUGCUAUGUCAUUAUUUUGCAUUUUAUAUAAACAAUAUUUUGUUAAAUAAAGUCAUCCUAAAAAUGUUGGUAAUUAUUUUAUUAUCACGAUAUUAUUUAGAUUCGGUUUAUUUCCCUAAAUUUUUAUGCUCAUAGAGAUCAAUGUCUGGCUCGUUUACUAUCUGAGGAACAAAAUAUGGAAUAAAAAAAAAAAACUGUUUUAAAAAAUAAAUAAAUAAAUUUGUUCGAUAUUAAGUUAGAGAACAUCAAAAUAGAGAUAUUCAGCUUAAAAAAAUAAAAAAAAGAUUUACUAUUCCCAAAUGAUUAUUAUAACAUUUGAUUGUUCAUAUCUCAUUAUUUCUAGUUAAUGAACUCAUUUUAAUAACAUAAAUCUUAGAAUAUAAUUUCAAUUCAAAAUGAAUCGUGUCAAAAUAAAGAAAUAACUGAAGUAUAACGUACCAUGAAAUAAUGAGAUUUUAUAGUGAUGUAACAGUGACUGCUUAAAAGAAUAAAAUAAUUAAAAUUAAAAUAAUGUGAAAAUCGAACUAAAUCAGUUAAAUAAGAAAAUAACCAUUAAAAAAAAAAAACUAAAAGAUGCUAAGACAGAAAAAAAGACUAGCUGGGAUUAUUUUUUACUAAAAAUCUUGAAUUAAAAUAAAAUUGUUGAAAAUGACAAUUAUUUUUGUGACAAAAUAACAACAUAGCACUUCAAAUCUUUUUUUCUCCACUGCUUCGGGGCUUCGGUUCGUUUUGCACUGAUUUCUUUUCCUUUAGUACAUUACGGUACAUAAUCUCCAUCUUUUCAAAUCUACGGUGAUGAUUUAUUUUAUUUCAGGAACACGCAACGCAAUACAGCAAGCAGAUCUGGAUACAGCAAAUAAAAGUCUCAGCGCAGUGACUUGAGGAACUUUUGAACGGUCUCAGGUGUUUUUUAUUUUAUACACGAUGUUUAUAUCUGUCUUUUUUUUCUUUUCUUUUCUUUUUUUUUUUUUUGGUAUGCUGCUUAAUAUUUCGCGCGCCAUCGUCGUUUCCAGGCUUUUCACUGGUAGACACAAAGGUAACCUAUGAAAGCUGUAGCUACACACAUCGCCCGAGCCUUGUUUACAUAUUUUGUCGCUUGUAGAUCAUCUCCUCCUCCUCCUUCCUCUCCUCCUCCUCCUCCUUUUUCUUUUUCCUCCUUCUUCUUUUCCUCCUUCUUUUUAUCCUCCUUCUUUUCUUCUUCUUCUUCUUCAUCUCCAUCCUCCUUCUCCUCCAUUUUUUGGAUGUUGUAGCUACGUGCUGGAGAUACUGAAGCAAACUUGUGUCUGUCUUUGUACGUGUUCGGGGAAACAAUGCAGCGUGUUUGUACAGGACUGUUCUUUGUAAUGCACUUAAAGUUGAACUCGUGUGAAGGUCUGAUGGAGUUUCACCUCCGCUUCGAAUUCGAGGGUAAUGAGGUCGUGAUGGAGGGUUUCUAAAAAAAAUAAAAAAAAUAAAAAAAAGAAAGAAAGAAAUGAAAAAAGGGCCUGAGGGUAUUUUUGUAAACACUUGAAGAAAAUCUCUGACACAGUUAAAGUAUUUGAUACCAGAUGUGUAUUAAAGGGGAUGUCGGUAACUUGCUGUGCUCUUGCUUUUUAAUGUCACCACUUGUUUUUUUUUUGUUUUGUUUUUUGUUGGUUGUUUUUUUUUUCUUGUUAUUUAUAUAAAUUAUAUAUAACUAAUUGUUUAAGUUGUCUUUAAUAAUAAUUUGAGCAGAAAAAUAUUGUCACUUUUUAGUUAAUGGAUGUGAAUGAAGGUGUGUGUGUGUGUGUGUGUGUGUGUGUGUGUGUGUGUAUACACACUUUGGUUAUGUCCUCCUGGUGGUGUUCCAAUGCACAUAUGUACAGUUUGUACACGUCUUGAUUAAAUGGUAAGACCUACUCAUAGAUUCUGUAUAAAAGGAGAACGUUUGCUCCGUCGUUUAGUUUCUACCACUGAUGUAUUAACCUAAUUAAACCAGCCACUAGUUUCAUUUGGAGCUGUAGGAUUUGUUUGAAUGGGUAAUAUUUAUUUUUUACACUUUCUGGUCUGAUUGUCGUCUCCCUGGUGAAGCAUAUGUCACAUUUAGUUUGUUGAUCAAUAAAACUUGAUAUUCAUUG